AUCAACGGCAGCAUAAUUUGCUUGUUUUACGCCCAGCGUAAUGUUACAGAGGCGAAACCGACAUCUGAUUAAUUGCUUACGGUCACCGUUAUACAAUUAAGACUGCGUUUUCUUUGUAAAAAUGGGCGAGUGAAGUGCAGCAGCAUGACGUGCACUAUUUUUUAUAGAGCGCAAUGACGGCGUGCGCGAAAGUCGUGGUUUCGUCUGAUCCCAUAUGCGCUGUGCUGUCCAUGCUGUUUCUAAUGUUAUCGGCUUACCAUGGGUUCCCCACUUUGUCUUUACAUCACCACGAGAAAUGUGAAUGCUUACACAAACUGAUUAUGUUACCAGAAUGCCAUCGCGAGUAGUGCGCAAAGACGGAACCGCGACUUGACUUGUGACAACCGUCAUGGCUGACGAAGUUGGUUUAGAGGCUGAAGAGGAUGCCCAGUCUCCUCCUCAAGGAGUUCCAACACCACAUCGCCUCGGGAGGCCGUUGCAGAAAAUUUUGGGAGAUGCCGGCUUGUAUUCCUAUUGUGCCAUCUGCGCCCUUUCGCUUCACGACCUUUUCCCGGAUGAAUGGGACCGAGAAUUUUGCGAAAAAUGCCUUCUGCAGCUGAUACAGCACCUUGGCCUGCCUUCACAGGUGCAGUCUGUGAUGCAGGCCUUGAUGAUGGGUGAAGGUGGCGAGGCUGAGCCCUUCAUACACGUUCUCAAGGACGAACCGGGUCUGAAUGGAAACUGUUUGCGGGUUGUUGAAGACCUCAUCCUGUUUGCAGUUCAGGGAGGUAUCUAUGAUGCUCGAACACGUGUGUUCAUCUUUUACGUGGCCUGGAGGCUCAGGGUCUCCCGGUCACUUGUCGAGAUGUACGAAGAGUCUGUUGUCGAAAUGCUGUCCCAGGAAGUCCACGAACAGUCAGAAGAGGAGCGGAAGGAAAUUGCCAAACGUCAGCGCAACAAGAAGCUCAAGCGUUUCCUUAUGAUUGGUCUUGCCACUGUUGGAGGAGGUGCUGUCAUUGGCCUGACGGGAGGUCUAGCAGCACCACUGGUGGCUGCUGGUGCCGGGGCUAUCAUAGGGGGCGCUGGAGCGGCAGCCUUGGGUUCUGCCACUGGCAUUGCAGUCAUAGGUUCGCUCAUCGGUAUUGCUGGGGCCGGACUCACAGGAUACAAGAUGAAGAAGAGAGUCGGCGAAAUCGAGGAGUUUGCGUUUGACUCACUGACUGAGGGCAAGGGACUGCAUAUCACAUUGGCCAUAUCGGGCUGGCUAUCUGACGAAGAUCCAGGUGCUUUGAAGAGGCCAUGGCGCACAUUGAUGAACUCGCGAGAGCAGUAUGUUCUGCGAUACGAGUCCUCCUACUUGCUGGAGCUUGGUCAUGCCAUUGACUACCUGUUCAGUUUUGCCGUCUCCAUGGCAGCGCAGGAAGCCCUCAAGUACACCAUCCUCUCAGGUCUGAUCACAGCCAUCACGUGGCCCGCCACCUUGGUCAUGGUGGCUGGCGUCAUUGACAACCCCUGGGGCGUUUGCAACAGGAGGUCUGCCGAAGUGGGCAGGCACCUGGCCGAGAUCCUGUUGGCACGACAGCAGGGGAAGCGUCCUGUUACUCUAAUCGGCUUCAGCCUUGGUGCUCGUGUCAUCUUCUACUGCCUCAAGGAAAUGGCCAAGCGGAAAGGGUGCGAGGGAAUCAUUGAGGAUGCAGUUCUCCUCGGAGCUCCCGUUCCAGCGCACAAAGAAGAAUGGAAACCGAUGGCCCGAGUAGUUGGGGGAAGGAUAGUUAACGGCUACUGCAGGGGAGACUGGCUGCUCAAGUUUCUUCACCGAACGUCGUCAGCAACCCUGAAGAUAGCUGGUCUACAAGCAAUCCGGUGGAAUGACAGACGAAUGUUCAACAUUGACUUGAGUGACGUGGUUUCUGGGCACACUGAUUAUGUAAAGAAGAUGGACAUCAUUCUCAAGGCCGUCGGCAUCCAGACCGGUGAUGACGUGCUGGAGGCCGACUACAUCAUGCGCAAGUCAAAGUCUUACGCUCCGGAUAGGGACGAGGAUAUGCGCGGCCCGCAGAUGCAUCGCUCAAGAUCCGACUCCGUGCUCUGCAACAAGAAGGCAAUGAAUGUGGCUUGCGCUCCAAUAGAAAACCGUCACCUCUCGACCACCGACCGACCAAUGAGCUACUCUCUGGAGAGCGGCCUGAGCCGAAGCAGUUCAGCCUUCGGUGGCAGCAGCAGCGUGACCGCCGACGGCCACCGACGUUGGUCACCCCGCGAUUUCCUACAGUCAACACGCAACCUGUGGAAACCCCGCGCACCGAGCGCCGCAGCAGGGAAAGAUGACGACACAACCAGUGGUGUUGUGUCCACGGCCGACAGCUGGGAGUGGUCAGCGUGGGAUGACGAGGCCCCUACCUCGGCUAUGUCUCACAGCAAGCCUCAGGCCUGACACCUUCUGAGCCGCACCUAAUGUGUUGAGGGGCAGGAGUAACAAUGUUUUUGUUUUCGAGGUCUUUGCCCUUCACACAUGUACACUCGUGCAGAGCAGUUGACUUUGAACCCGUUUUUCGUUUUUGUUGAUAUGAAAAUGGUUUGGGAAAUCAACUUUCCAGGGUGAAAGGUAGCAUCAUUUAGUCCGUGACUGAGACAACUGGGAGGUGUUCGGUCUGGGAAGGCGAGGCCCCCUCGCUCCCAUUCUGGCUGCAGGCCAUGACAUGAGUGACGUUGCCAAAUCAUUCUUGGACCCGAUUUGGCAGCAUUCUAUGCCAAGAGAAGGCAGCGAUGCCGUUUCCUCAAAGUCUUUACGUCCUUUACAUGUGCUUGUUCACAUGAGUUAAUCGUCUACUUCUGAAGCCAUGCCUCGUCUGUGUCACCCAGGAAUGCAGCUCACAUUUGGAAGAAUUCACUAUCAUGGAACAGCAGGGAUCAUGCGGAGGGCUGUUUCCUGACUGUGCCCCACCCCUCCCAUUUCUGUACCUAUUCUCUCCAGCAGCUGCAUCCCACAAGUCUUGUCUUGGGUCUCGCGCUUCGCUGGAAUUUCAUUCCUACAAGUGGGAAGGACCCAGUUAUUCUCUCAAAGCCCCCAUUCCUCGUCCGUAGACAUUUUCUGAUAGUCAUGAGCCCCCAAAACCAAAUGUGUUGUUUGUGUUUUUCUAGAAGGCAGCUCAUGUUCGAAACAAACGAGAGCUGCAAAAUGUCAAUACUGUGUUGCGUUUGUCACACGGUGACUUGGUUAAGCAAACGAUGCUGUAUGCUCGUUUGGACUUCAUGUGCACGAGUGACCAUUUGCUUUAUGAAUUACAAUUUGGAAGGAAGAUGUCCCAUAUGGGGGUUCAGAGUGUUCUCAGCAACUUCAUCACUUUUUAAGUAUGGCUUCUUCGUCGGAAUACAAGGUCUAUCCUGUACAGUAGAAGUGUUGAGGUUUGUUUUUUAACACAAGAGAACGGUGUGGGAUUUUCCCCCGGACUGCCCUUGUUUUGCAAAGGCCACGCAUAGAUCUUUUAGUGAUGUUAGAAUGAUGAUUUUGUGGCUCUGGUUUUUCUCAUCGAUAGUAUUUGUUACAUCAUGUGGUUUCGUUGAAGCUGUGCUGCGCCAGAGUACAAUCUGACGUGAUGAGUGACGGUGUAUUCACCUUUGCAUGAUUGGACCUUGAAGUGACAUUGAGUUAUGUGUGUUACGUUUGACUGCUAUCCUUGCAGUUACAUUAUGAACUUUACUGAAAUGUUGUGCAUAUCAACUAAUGUCCAGGAUGAUCUUUUGAGAGAGCUGUCAGUACACAAAUGAGUAAGCUUUUGUUUUUUCUUCCUCCCUCGAAUAUUUGUUAGCUUGUUGAAGAGCAGAAGUACAGUGCGAGGACCCUGAGGUUGUUGUGCUGUACUCAGGUUUUAGCAGUGAUACAUGUUCAGACACCUCUGUCUGAUAGACAUUCAGCCAUGAAAGAAACAGCUCAGAGAAAAAGUUUUGUUUUAGCAGUGUGAGAUUUUUUUAAUGAAUUUGCAUGCACCGUCCUUUUUUAUGCUGUUAACUUAUUAUGUGGACAGAUUACUGUGAUAAAUGUGAAGAAAAUUAUCGCAGCCAUUUGCCACGGUGUUGAUGUUACUUGUCGUUUGUGGCUGGCUGUAAAAUAUGUUUGUUCUUUAUCUAAACUUGCCAUGUUGGGGACAUAUCUUUCUUUUUUUUAGAUGUGUGGUUUCUUCAUUUAUACUGCGGAAGUGUUUAAACUGAAAACUCAAUGUGGGUCAUCAUGAUGAAGAAUCUUUAUAUUGAUCGAACAAGGAAAAGAGAGCGAUGUGUAAUAGUGACAUUAGAGGGACAUCAAAGAGGCGCAUCAGGUUAAACUGUAUGGGUCUAUUAUACCCACCACGAGCUAUGCUGUUCCUCUGCUGAGAACGAAGCCCUGCAUUCGAUUCCUGGCUGCGACGACCACAUUCCAACGGGGGCGAAUUUGCAAGAACACUCGCAUAUGCUUUUGUGGCUCACGUUAAACAUCAAACAAUCUCUAAAGAAUGCCAGGUGGGCUAAAUUAGUCUGAAGCCUGGGACACUAUGUCCCUUAUAGCCCUUUACGCUGCUUUGAGAAAUUAUGAUUAAUUGUUUCAUUAAAAAUAAUUUCGUUGUGCUUCUGCAAUAGCAAAACGGCCACUCUUAGUGAGCGACGGCCUGCAAGCCAGAAAAGUUGCAAAAAACAAGAGGCAGGUGGCAAUGCUGUCCCGCAGUUUAGUACCACUUGGCCUAAAUGUCGUGGAUUUCCAUGUUGUGCUGUCGUAUUGGGGCAAAGGUUCUGGCAGAAAAUUUGAAAGGGAGUUGGCCUUUGUUUUCUUUUGUAGUCGUGAACCCUUUUUGUCGAAUGAAUUAACAACAGAAUUCUAAAAAACUACUUUACCAGUUUAAACUUAUUUAUAGUGUCCCUUUAACGUUGAAAUAGAUGGCCAUGCCUACAACCAUGUACUGAGCACGAGGUCGCGGGAUCGAAUCCCGGCCACGGCGGCCGCAUUUUGUUUGGGGUGAAAUGCGAAAACACCCGUGUAGUUAGAUUUAGGUGCACGUUAAAGAACCCCAGGUGGUCAAAAUUUCCGGAGUCCCCUACUACGGCGUGCCUCAUAAUCAGAAAGUGGUUUUGGCACGUAAAACCCCAUAUAUUAUUAUUAUUAUUACAACCAUGCAAACACCGAAUGGCAAUCCGCACUGAAUGUCGGGAGGGACGAUGGCGUUUUGUGUCGCUAUUCGUUGCAGCAGUGCGGUAUGGUGUGUCCAUCCUGAAGUGGUAUUCUUGAUCAUUUCACUUUCCGGUAUAUCGGUUCUUGCUGACGCUGAUUGGCUAAGCCAGCAGGUUUCAGAACGUCUGUCACUACAGAGAGGCAUUGGGCCAUGCACUACGUCAUGCAUAAGUACCAUAUUUGCUCGAUUCUAAUGCACACUGUCUUUGUGGAAAAAAUUUACUAAACAAAUGACAUGUGCUCUAGAAAUUAGUACGAAAUUGUGCUGAAUCGAGUACUGCAAUAGUGACCCCAAGCUAUCAUCUAUUACUAUAAUUGAAACCAACCUACAUGUAGGCUGCUGUAUGGCAUUGUUUGUACCCACCUCAUAAUUUACUUGAGCUGCUAUAGCUUGCAUGGCAUCUGAGAAAUACAGUAUCUCAAAUGCCAUGGGUGGUACCGAAGAUGAUAUCUUAUCGGCUGUUGAUAUAGUGAUAAGGAGGCCUCUGACAGCGAUGUCUGGUCUACUGGUGCUUAAAUGCAGUAAUAUUUUUCUCUUCAAUGUGAGAACAAAUUGCAGUUACUCUAUUUAUUCAAAUGAAAAUUUGCAAGUGAGCAGUCAAGGCCAUUGCACUUUCCACUUUACAAUCUAGGAUGCAUUAGAAUUGAGUAAGUACAGUACCCUAAAAGUGGUAACCGAGAGUACGACCUCUGGUCACAACAAUGUCACAGCAAAACUAUGUCACCUCUACAAAUCUCUAAAAUUGGGGAGUUUCCCGCAGAUUUAAGCUCAAUUUUUUUCACUUGUGUUCUUAGAUUUAGUGAGCAGUGUCUCGCGAUUUACGAGCAGUUUCACAAUUCAGUUUUGUUACUACCAGUAAGGGUUUCUCUGGCUGUUAGAAUUGACUUGGAUAUCUUCUGAUGCACCUUUCUAUCUUUCUGAGUAUGGUCGUGCGAGUUUAUUGCUCACACUUCUUCACUAGGAAGUAUUUGACCAUUGCUAAUAAUAAUAAUAAUAUUUGGGGUUUUACGUGCCAAAACCACUUUCUGAUUAUGAGGCACGCCGUAGUGGAGGACUCCGGAAAUUUUGACCACCUGGGGUUCUUUAACGUGCACUUAAAUCUAAGCACACGGGUGUUUUCGCAUUUCGCCCCCAUCGAAAUGCGGCCGCCGUGGCCGGGAUUCGAUCCCGCGACCUCGUGCUCAGCAGCCCAACACCAUAGCCACUGAGCAACCACGGCGGUUCAAUAUUUGACCAUUGCUAUCUAAAUGUGUCACUGAAUGCUGGAAACACUUGGCUCGUGUGUAAACACUACUAUGAACUUCAUUCAAUUCAGCUUGCCAUUUGAGCACCAAUAUCAUGUAAGAUUUUUAACGACGUAUUCGCUAGCCAGGCACGUCAAUACAUGGCUCUAGUCCAGAGAAAGCACAGUUGGUUAAAAAAAAAUAUGCUAAGGAACCAACCACAUGAAAAAAGAUGCAGGAUUCAAAAUGUCUUUGAGUUCGAUUUUUCAGUCCUUUAUUUAGCCUUUUAAGUCGUCAGUGUCUACCUAUUUGCCUUUACCGAUUUAUACCAUAAUCAUCCCAAGCGAGAUGAGCUUCUUACAAACCCUCAGCUUGUCGGGAAGAGGAGAAGCUCAACUUGCCAGCAGUUUCAUCAGGUGAAAGAAAAAAGAGAGAGAGAGAGAGAAAGACAUAAAUGUAGUACAAAAUGAUUGACGUCUGAUGUCUUUUAAAGACACCAACACAUUGGAGAGACAGCACUGUUCUUUGCACAUUUAUGUACAACUUUCAGGUGUUUCUUAUACUAAAAGGCGGUUAUAUUAACUAGCACCAUUCAUAUCAGCAACACUUCUGCACAUUUAACUAUUUGGGCAGUCACGGUAUUUUCACUGAUGACCAGAAGCUCUUCCUCAGCAGGAGUGACUGGGCUACAUUUUUUAGGUAAAGUCUCUCUGAAAAAACAAAAACAACAAAGGAAAUGCAACUAUUAUGUGGUUUUGACUUCUUUGGUUUUUUGUAUCAUAGCAUCUGCUGUCUUGGUAAUGUUGAAAUGACAAUACCCUGCCCAUCCUCAGGACCAUGUCGCAUGUUCUCGGAGCUUUUUUUACAGUGGUGACAUUCCUGCAUGCAUUACCCACCCGCUGAUUCUCGUAUUAUGCAAAUGCUUGCUUGUCUUCACUGAAUAAUUUUGUGGUUUCGUUUCGUCUUUCAUUUAUAAGGAACAGCAUGGGUUAAAGUUGCCAUUCUAGUCACUAGGGUGUAUCGCGACAAAAGCUAAAGGUGCACAUAUUCAUGUUUCUGAGGAUGCUUUAUUGAGUGCUUGAAGGUUUUCUGCAUUUUGGAGGUAUUGCAGAUUGGUGGAAUUUCGUGUUUGUUAUGUCAGUGUCUGCAAUGUUUUUCUUUUUUCCUUUUUUGUUUGCUGCUUCUGCUGCUGUCUAUCUUUCAGACAGCGAAAAAUUUUAUGUUUUGUGCCUGAUGUUAUGGCUUCACAGCAUCACCACUGUGAAGCGGACGCUUAUACAAUCAAAAUCAUUUUGAGGGGCUUCUUUAAGUUACAUUAUGCAAUGUUGUACUGUGGUGAUUUAUGGCCAUAUCACUUGCUGAAUGCAGCAAGCUUCACUUAAAUUAGUUCAGUCGUGGCCACAUUGGAGUAUUUACUCCGUAGACAUGUACUCGAAUCGGAAAGGGCAGUGCCUGUGAAACCUUCCCCUUUAGUGUCAGAGCAAAAGUUCUGCCUGUAGCACAGGCACCGAUUUUGUGAAUGGGAAUUUUUAUGUCAUUGUUAUCACAAGUGAGCUGCUUUUAAUGAAUUUGCCUGUAUGUACAUGUACUAGUUUCUGCACAUUAGGUCUUCCACUGGCUUUCUGGGCUACUUGCAAUCAGUUACUUUGGCUUGCCUACAUGAGCUGCGUGUUGUAGCUCAUGGCUGGAACAGUCACCAGCACAACAUUUUUUUCGUUGCUUGUUUGCUUGUCGUGGCCAGAUAUUUGCGCUGCAAAUGCUGCUACGUCGCAUGGACGAGGCUAAUGAAAAGAGGGGUGGUAUUCCUGCUCCUUCGCUUUCGUGAAUGCAGUCACUUUCAGGGUAUUUCGCAUCACUAGCACCGGCAGCGCAUGGGCGUCUACGGGCGAUAUUGUGCUUGGCACUACGCCAGGAAUACUGUUGCCUGUGGAUGUAAAUGCGUUCAGAGCUAGCUGUGUGAAAUCUUAUGAAAAUGAUUGUAUCCCUGAAAUCUGAUCAAUUAAGAGUACCCCCAGGUGCAUGCACAAGGUGUACUCCAUGGGUAUUGCAAGCGUAAUACAGAAGAUGCGGAUUUGUCUUCCACCGAUCGACGACAAGUUACCUUUUUGCCUACAUCUCCCUUUUUCUUAUUAUUUCUACAACUCAUUUAAAACCGCAGUUAAUUUCCUCUACACUUUCCGUGGCUUCAUUGUCUGUUGGCUUCACAUAAAUGUAAAUAACGAAAUUGGAGCACCUCAGUUAUCAUUCCCUACACAGGGUUAUGCUACUUGUGUGAGCAAUCCCUCACAAAAGCUUUAAGGUCAGCUGGCUGUUACCUGAAGCAGCUGGUUGGUCCUUACCUUCUUUCAGUAUGGUUUGUCUAGUCUGUGUUUUGCAGCAAUUGCAGUGCAAAUACUUGUAGUUGUGACAUACUGGCUAUAGGUUCUUGAGCUCAUUCACUGGAGUAAAAAUAAAUAUUUUCGCAGUACUUUCACCUUGUGUUGGAGGUAUACUAACUGCCUUUCUUGCAGAAUUCAAUGUGUGGCGAAGUGCAGGAAAGUCAUUGUAUGUGAUUUCUGCAAUAUCACACUAUACAAUAGAGAUGAAUUAAGUCAACUUGUAUUCGCUCUCAUCUUGGUAUCCCUGCACAUAUAUUCAUUUAAAACACUGUUCGAUUGUGGUGUCAAGGAAAGCGUAUUUUUAAAAAGGUUGUUUAGUACAUUUUUUGUGUAAAUAUUUUACACAAAGUUAUUGCCAAGGAACUGUUGCCGAGCGUUGGUGUCAGUUUUGCUAGCACCAAGUGCGAAGUUGUGCUGUGUAAGGAAGGUGGCACUUUGCUUUGCAACAGCCUGAGAUGGAAAGGUGAAAUUAGAUAGCCUUAUUGUAGCAUUUGCGGUCUGCUCCACUCUGACGAAUGCGUCCUAACAAUUUGCACACAGCAGUUAAGCGGGAAAAUUAGUGCAUGCACGUGCAACUUGCGUAGGCAGUGGGAAGCAUAACGCAGUCCUCGCUCUGUGGCCUAGUCAGCCGAGUGCAGCGUGUUAGCACGCUUCACUUUAUCUGUAAUUUUGUAGUCACGCCGACUGCAGGUUGCUCAUAUCUCCGAGGUAAACACUUCUGUCCAUUGCCGAUUCCUUGUCUUGAGUCAGGGCUACAUUAUUUUCUUUCGCCAUAUUUAUUCUUGUUGCGUUGUGCAUGUGGUGGCAUGUGGCUUCUAAGCUCAAGCAGCUUAUUGCAAGGUUUUAUUCCUAUAUUACGUCUUCCUAUACCUUAUUGUCGGCGACUAUCGAAAUGUUGCUUAUAGGUGUCUUGGGCAUCAGGGCUACUAGAAGGAGCAUUGCAGCGACUGUGGGACUUGAGGUUGAUUUCUUGGUCUCAAAGAUAAAGGAAAUGUACAGUCAGUGUCAAAAGCAUAAGGGCUGCAUAAUCCAACAAAACGUUGAAUUUACAGGCACUUUGCGGCCAUAGCCAGGAAAACUGUACGGCACCACGUUUGCAUAUGCUACGGUGUCAGCGUCAAAAGCAUACGGACUGCAUAAUCUGACAGAAUGUUGAAUUUACAAGUACUUUGCGGCCAUAGCUAGGAAAAGUGUAGAGCACCAUGUUGUUUGCAUGUACUACGGUACAGGCUGGAAAUUCGAAUACGAGUGUGUACCCAGGCUGUGGGAAUAUUCAACUUUCUCUCAGAUAUUUCGGUCCACAAACGUUUCACGCCGACUGUACAAAGAGUUAUAAUAAAAAAAGGGCUCCAAAAAUCAAGACUACAUGCAGCAGGGUUCCUUCAUGGUGAUUUGCACAACAACAAACAAAUGGCAAGCCGCUGAAACAGAAGCUUUUGUUUGUACUUAGUGCAAAUGCAGCUUGGAUUAUAUAUGCAUAUUUAAUCAUGAGAAUCAUUGCAUGCAAAACAUUGUACAUAAAUGCAGCAUACACGUUGUGUACAGUGUGAUGUGCAGCUUAAUACGGCCAGCAAGAAAAACGACUAAACAUAAAGUUACAUGAGUCCCUGCAGAAGUGGCGGUAGUGUCUGGUAGAUGCAAAGAGUGGGAGGGUUCGAGGGAAACAAUCGCAUGCCAGUCAGUGUGCUGCCCAGACAGUGUCUCCGAGAAUGAUCACUUUGAUGUCAGCUGUUGUGGCACAUAUCGCAACCCUGCGCCCUCCCACUUCUAAUGUCCCUCAUCUUGCAUAUCACUUAAAGUUUCAUCUGCUGAUAGUAAAGUUAGGUAUCAGGUGUAUUAUUCUGUAAUUUUGGUAGACUCUAAUGCCAUGUCCCUGUAGUUGGUGCAAAACACAGGAAUGAAAUAUCAGUUUCCAGUAGGAAAUCUUGUCACGUUAGUAUUCAACUUUCUUUUUAUAUCUCCUGUUUUUUUGUAAGUUUUGGGUAGUAUAAAGUCAGCUUUUAUCUUGCUGGAAUUCACAAAUACAUCCCUGCACUGUAAAUUUUGCCGCUUACAAGAAGCUGCUACAGUAUCGAUGAACUAGUGUGUGUUGCGUUUGCUCACAUAAUGACAUGGCAUAGGAAGUUUACAUACUUUCCAGAUUGUCGUGAGCUGCUUGGUUUGGAUUACUGCUUCUUAUGUUCGUGAGCUGUUCAGCUCAGGUGAGUUGGAGUUACGACACCCUGCAUACAGUCCACAUUUGCACAAUCCCCUCAAAAGCUGUCAUCUCCCGCAUACUCUCAUGACGCAGCCUACAUAUUUGGCACUGUGUGUAUGUUACUACUGCUGUGUGAUGCAGUUGAUUCUUCCCUGUUGGUGGAUUCAUUCAACAGCUUGCGUGGCUGUUCACGCUACUCCAGAUACGUCCUUUUUGUAACGGGCAAGCCUAUUGUGCGACAAUCAUUUUUCGUGUGUUGAGGUAUGUUCUUCAUGUUGCAUUUAUGCCGUAGCAACAAAGCUACUCCUUGUUGGUGGUGGUACUUAUAUAGCAUGUUGGUUGCAAUGAACGAAGCGUUGUUGUCACUACGGGUAGGAAUGUGAAGUUGGUGUCUGUGCUUACUGUUUGUUGUCAUUUGUGUCAUAGCGAGUAUGCUGUGUUGCCCGCUUGCCAUAUUCUUCUGGUCAACAAGGUAGAACUGUAGCUUGACUGCUAGCGAAAAAUGAGAAAGCAGUCAGCUGCUAGAACUUUUCCAUAUUUCAUCCAUGUUUGCUGCUACAUCAGCUAUAUUGAUAUGCAUAUUGGACAGUAGGAACUUUGCUAAAAGUUCGAAUUUUUUUAGUUAGAGCACACAGAGCAGAUAAGCCAGGAUUGUAUGGGACAAAAGUCGUAUUUAUGAGUAUAGAACUUGUUGAACAUCGUGCAUUUGAGGGAACACAAGUGAAGUCACUCCUUUGCUUGAUUUGGUCAUUCGUCAAGCUCCUGCAUGGGAAGCGUGAGAGUUCAGACUAACUUAGCUUUAAAGCAUUUUGUCAGGAUGUACGUUUGUAGCCAAGGUGCUCAUGGCAACUUAGACCUGUCCAGUCAAGGUCAUUGGCAAUUAGGUGACUUCUCAGGAACACAAAGUACAUUCAUCGGUAUUGUACAAGAUAAGCUUGUGGAACACAAAAGGGUUUUAUUGCCUAGCACAACAGUUUCUCAUUGUUUUUUUCUAAGUUUUACCGUUAAGCAUGCAUCAUGUAAAACUCCUCUUACGAGAAAUUUCUGAAUUUGAGUUGCUGCUUAGACACUUAGACAUGCUUAGUUGCUGCUUAGACAAAAACUGCUACAUUUGAUCCUAGAAGUUUUUGAGAGGCUUCACUUGUAGUUUUUGGAGACCAUCAUCUGCCAAGGCUGUGGUAGUGUCACAAGGUGUGAGUCCCGUGAUACUCACGAAGUCAUGGAUCAUAAUGACACUAAUGAAGCCUGUGUGCAUCAUAUCAUAUCCUGUCAUGCUUAAGUAUCAUGGGUGUGCCACUGCUUGGCAUACCUUCAGCACUGAACUGUGUAAUUUAAUAAGGGAACAGAAAGUAAGUUAAGGCUGCUGCUGUUUAUAAUUGAGUAGUCUUGUACAGAGUAUGAAGCUUGAUAGUUCAAACCUUUGCAUAUUCAAGUCAAAAACAGUAUGUAGAGUUCUUUAGUGACUUUUCGUAGCACAUCACAUCACAUUAAGCAAUGUUUGCUUCAAUUUCCAGGGUCCAUUACUUGAGGGCAAAGGAGGAAGAUGCAACUACUACAAAGCAGUUGCUUUCACUCUUUUUUGGCAGUCACCACUUGACUGUAGUGUUCCCACCCUCCUUCAUGAUUUUCAGUAGAGAAGGAGGAAGAACUGUGGGCUUGACGUUUGAGGCCCCUUUGCAUCUUGGGGCUGUAUUCUCAAUGGGUGUAUGAGGUACCACACUUAAAGGGGCACUAAAGAAGAAUAUCAAGUUGUGCUAUAUUAGUAGAUUAUGCUUUUUCAUUAUCAGAGAGUCUGCUUGUGCUUAAAGGCGCUCCAUCCACAUGCUGCUGCCACUUUUAUCAAGCAACACCGACCCUUCAUGCACGUCGCCAUUCCAAUUCGUCACUUGCACCAGUUCUGCUUUCACACUUUUCACUUCCAAGAUGUCUGCUUUCUGAAUUUCUACUUCCACUGGUGCUUGCUGUCGCACAUUAGCAGCUCCACGCAGUAGUAGCAUAUGACAACACAGCCUACGGAACAUCAUCCGUCAGCAUUGGCGCAUUUAUUGCUUGUACAUUGAACUGACAUGCUUUGCCUGUUGCCCGUACCACCAUGCAGAAUCUUGACAAUGGGUAAUCUCGACAAAACUUAAACACUUGAGUUCAAAAGCUGAGAGGAUGAGUGAGAGAGGAGUGCAGGGGAGAGGUUGGUGGUACUUAACACUUUGAGAUCCCAUGAAUUCUGUAGUAAUCAACAUUUUGCAGAAAAUAUUUGGCAACGAGAGAACAAACAAAGCUGUUUUCAGAAAUGUCGGCAUCAGCAGUGCUAACUACAUAGUUUGUUGAAUUUGUGUUGCAGAUGAAUAUGGCUCUCCAAAUGGCCAUGCAUCACAUCCUGCUGAGGUUAGGCCUCCGUGUUCUAUUUUUUAGAGCCUGCUGCCUCCUGCAUAAAAACCCACCUUGGGUGGCACCAGAGUAGUCUUCAAAUAAUAUGUGGCCACAUUUUAAAGUAUUAUGAUUGGGAAUUAAGAAGUCUGAAUAACCACAUGCUGCUUACAGUGCAUUGUUUUUUGGCAGUGCAUGAGAGAAAUCUUUCAUUCAUUACGAAAACCUCCAGUCGGAACUUUGUCUUUAUUAUUCUUGACUUUUGUCAUUUGGAUACAUUUAAUAUGGAAUUUUCACUUCACUUUAAAAUUCAGAUUAUAAAAGGUUAACUUGGUCGGUAAAAACAUGUAUUGAGGGACUCUGACAGCGAGAGAAAGCUUGGUAAUCCAGAAACAAUCCGAACGUGAAAGACGGGUAGAGUUGCCACUAUGGAACUUUUGCACCAACUCACUGUAAUGUUGCCAAUUAUGAUAACGUCUUCUCAGAUGUAGUUAAGUGUUUAUCACUAAGGAAGGACCACUGUGUAUUCUAAAAGAACGAGAAGCUGAACAUAGCAAGUUUAGAUGACUUUUCCCUUUCCAAAAAGCUGAAAUAUGAAAAGAAAUGACAGCAUUCAAAUCAGUGAUAUCACACUGAUUUGCCGUAUGCCACUUUGCCUAGGUUUCGGUGCGAUAUUCAAGAGAAAAAAAGUUUGGCUUUAAUCUCUUUCACAACAGAUCCACCUACUGCCUCAAAAUUAAUGUAAAUAACAUUUAGAAAGAACACCUUACUAGUAUAAGCUGAUUUAGUGCCUCUUUAAUGUGUGAACUGCUUAGCUAAAGCAGCAGGAAAUGCUACGAAGGGUUUGUGGUUGAGUGCAUUUUCGGUCAGUAUUUCUUGAUCAUUUGGUCCAUUUACAAGGGUAGAACACUGAACCAUAUACUUGUGCAAGUUUUUAUUGUAGAUAGAAAAAAAAGAAGACUGGGCAGGACUGGUUUUGUGAACAGGAAAGGUAUUUCUUUGAGCAGCAGUGAAGGUUUUUUGAUGCUGCCUGAUGAAUAUCUUGGUACUAGUUUUGAGGGGAGCAUUUAGAGCUCGGUGUGCUUGUUUGAAUGCAACAAGAAUGUUGUAUUCAAUAAAUGCAGCUGUAUAAAUUUGGCGAUGUCGGCAAGUUCUUUUUACUUAAUUUCUCUGACUGAUAGGGUCAGAUGUCACGUUGCGUGAAAGCAAAAGGAUUGUUUUAAAGUGGUUUUACUGCUUUAGAAGACAAAUGUUAUUGCAAGGAACAGGGAUGAUGAGCUUAGUAGUUAGUUGCACUAUAGAGGAACCACCAAACCCUCGACUGCUUUGACUGCAUUUGUUCUGGUGACUAUGGCAUAUAUAGUAGUGGUGUACCUGCAGCCUUCGAUCAGCCAUGCUUUGUGUGAUGGUGAAAUAGAAGUGGCUUUGCACAACACUUUGGCACAAACAAUUCAGAAAGCACCUUUGACUUUGCACUAACUAAUAACGAAAACCGGGAAGGAAGAACAGCCAUUUUAACCGUGCUGCACUUACUAGCCAUGAUGUUGUAAUGUUGUCUGCCCAAAAUAGAAUGUAUACUCCUACCAUAGUCAGAUGUAUAGAGUACAGCUGGUUAUAAGCUUCAAUCAAAGUAGACAUUAACUGAAGCGUCGUUGUGUGUAGUGUAAUAAUGUGUGUUGUGUUGGUAGAGAGACUCGUGACAGCCCAGCAUUUUCCGAGCGCCCUCGCUCGAGUGCAUGCCCAAUGUUUUACACUAGCAGCGUGGAACUAGACUGGAUGUUAUGCAGAACUAGGUGCUCCUGCUGUUGAUGUUACAACGCCAAUGGUAGUACAAAACAGAUUUGCGAGGGCCUGUGUUUUAGCACUUGUCAUUUUACAUGCACAUGUGGAGAAGCGGUAGAAACUGCCUACAACCAUGCUUCCACAUAUCUGCCACUUAUUUACUCUGUUCACGUGGUUCAUGGAAGUUGGAGUUCAGGAUUUGAGUCACUUUUUUGUUACUUGUUCUAACAUUACACCAGAACCUGUUGCGAGCUCUUUCAGCUCUCCAUGUAUCUAUAGGCUGGGCGACAAUACUGGCUACCUUAUACACCCUUAAUAGUUGCUUUGGGUAUUUGCACGGAGGUUGUCUAAAUGUUUUGAACACUUUUGACCAGCGCAAAACACUAGCAGUGGCAUUAAGGAAUUCUGGCACAAGGACGGUACUUGUAACCUAAUAUUGCCAUAUUUCCUAAUGCUGUGUUCCAUGCUUGAAAUUCUAUGGGGAUUGUUAAAGUGAUACCAAAGCGGGAAGCGAUGAACAACCACAAGGUAGUGUGACUGAAAAGUGUUUCUAAUGUAAUUAAGAAUGCACGUCUGUGCUGUAAGCUAUGUGACUAUAGCAUAGUGAACCAGAAGGGCACAUUAGCAAGUUUUGCCAAACAUGCGUUGUUUGAUAGAAUAUGUUGCUGGGCGAGUUCGUUCAAGUCUAGGGGGUACAUACUCGCACGACAUGGAAACUUAACUUAGUAGAAGGGAAUAGGAAAGAACUGUGCGAGUGCUGUUGGCGCUCUGUUUUUGGCGCAGAGUUACAGAUUUGUAAACUUCUUGCUUCAGUUAUUUUUGUGAAGUUAGCCAUUUACGGCAAUGUUUGUAAAAAUUAUGAGGCCCUAAAUCAACAUUCUACUUCCUAACAUUUGCUAGAAGGCACGUUUCUGUCUCAAAUUGAACAAAUUUCGUUCAAGUUGGCCCAGUGCUUGUCUAAUGAAAGCAUUUCUGCAUUUUAUAUGUUUUUGAAUGGGGAAGUUGGAGUUCCGACUAAAGCUUCUUCUUAAGGCCGUGCACAUGAAAGAACCCCGCAGGGUCACAAUUAAUUCAGAGUUUUACAACAUGGUGUCACUCGUAAGGCCAUGUGCUGCUUCCAGACAUUAAAAACAUUGUGACCAGGUAAUCGAUUUUGUGGAAGCUUGGUGUGUAAGCAUGUUUCUUCCACAUGUGUCAGUGUACAUGCAUGUUAUACCAAGAAGGUUGUGCUGGGCAUUCACACACACACAAUGCUCGUCACCCACACAAAAAUUUGCUUAGUCUGCUUGCAACUUCAUUGCUUUUGCUUGCAGGCACUUGUUUUGUACCAAUGUAACUUCUUCCAUUCAAACCUCAUGUUGAGGCUUGAUAUUUUGCUUUUCAUGUUUAUAGUGAUAUGACUUAGGCAGAAAUAGAUGGCACAAACUGACAUCAAAUGAAACCUCAUCGCAAUUGAAACUGACUGUGUCAUUCUUGUCCCAGAAAUCUUUAUCUUUAGGCAGAAAUUGAUGGUACGCAUUGACAGAAUCAAAUGAAUUGUCACUGUCAAAACCAAAUGUAUUAUUCUUGCCGAAGAGGUCCUUAUCCGAAGAUAAGCAGCCAGUCAGAAAGAAUAAGCACUCUGCAUAAGUACACUCCUUUCAGUUGGGAUUCCCGAGGCGUGUGCUCAUAAAAACUCUUUGUAUCAUUUUUUCUUUUGCUUGAAUAAUAUACUAAAAGACGAAAAUAAGAAGGCUGUUCAGAGUGAGCGGUUUAACAUCAAAUUGUUAGUGCACAUAUAUAACUGCAGAUCGCAGAGUACGAAGUAUUCUGUGAUCUGCAGAGUGAUCUGAUUUAACAAGUUAUAUAUGUGCCUGAUAUGUGUCUGAUAUUAUAUCAGAUGUGAUCUGAUAUUACAAGUUAUAUAUGUGCGCUAACAAGUACGAAGUAGAAAUGCCAAAUCUGCACCAUAUCUUCAGCUGUCAAGCUGGUCGAAAACGGUCUGCAAAAGUCUAGGUGCUCUACUUGAUGCUGCAAACUCCCAAAAGAAUGUGUGCAAGAACGUUGACUGGUCUGGCAUCGAUUACAGAGCUUGCUUUUAUCUUUGCCUACGUCACGGCAGUCACUUUAAGAUGCCUCGGAAUGUUAGAACACUUCAUGUUGUUGAAAUGCUGUUGACUGCAUGAAAGCUAUCAAUGCGUUGGGAAGCUGAAACUAUGUCGCAAGGUAUAGUUAAGCUUGUUUGUUAAUCAAAUAUUUGCUGUCACUGAGUCUAUUCUGCAUCCUCAUUCGUUAUGCUGAUUCCAUGUACUCAGUGUUCAUAAAAAAAAAAAAAACAUAUCUUAAUGGAUUUGCUCUGUCAGUGGCAUAACAAAUAUGUAUACUCCCAUGUUUCAGAAUUGUGUGAACAGAGCAGUAUGUAAAUUUUGUAGCAGAAUUAUCAUUGUGUCCACACUUUUGCCAAACAGAAGAAAACACUGCUCUUUUCAAUUUCAUCGCACAUGUAUAUCACCUAUUGCGGUCUCUGAACAUAUCUGCAUUUGGGACCUGGUUGAAAACAUGUCAAUCUUAUUUCUUUGUAACAUUUACAAAUGAGAUUAAAUAAAUUGCAGCAAAGUGCCUCCUCAGCGGACAA